AUUUAUUCCGCAUACUAAUUUUUAAAUCACAAGCAGUUCAGGUGUCACAAUCUUUUCAUCCAGCAGGUGUCGCUGUGUGAACUCAGCUCAGAUUUAGACUGAGAAUUUAGACUGACAGUGAAGGUUCAUACAGGGAUAAAUCCACAGCGCACCUCAACAAUCAGACCUGUCGCCAUUUACAUGUAUUUUCUCGGGAGAUGUUGAUAUAUAUUUAAUUAAUUGUCGCAUUUGUAAGUAUUUUGGGGUGAUACGAGUCGCUCUGUGAAGAAGAAAGCGAAUAUCCGGGAGUGUAGCUUCUUCUGGAGCUAUCCGAUCAACCACGUCAAAUCUGUCAGUCAGAAAAUUUCGUUUUCGGUGUUCGUGGUUUGGUGAAGCCUGAAAACUUUGAAUCUUUUACUACUUUUUUCUGUUACUGUUAUCUUAGAGCAGCUGUUUGCCGUACAUUAACCGAUCAGUUGUUAUAGAUAAGGCCGCUAAGCUACGCUGCUAGCGGCGCUAGCCCGUGAAUUAGUUAAAGGAGUUUGGACAGAUUUUCGUAUUUUAUUUCGUAAAUAUUGGUAUUUUUAUUGACUACCAACUUCACUAGGAGCUCAAACAAGGACCUACAACACUUGAGGAUUUCGUGGUUUUCAUUUUUCUUUGAGGACCUUCAUACCUCUGUUGAUUUAUUGAGCUAGUGACGGUUAGCUGCUUCCGGCGAGCUGGAUACGCCACUCAUCUCAGGACAAAGUAAACUCUCUGCCUCCUGCGCUUGAGGUUGAGCCUGGCUUCAUAUUUGUGACAGUUGUCUGUCAGGACUGUCAGUUGUCACUUGGUGAUGUCGGAAGAAGGAAAACAGACUCCUGCCCCCGUGUCCACGAUGGACACAAAGUCUGAAUCCACAGCCUCUCCACCUCCCGCUCAGGCAGUGUCCUCUGUGUCUCCCCCCGUGUCCACUGUAACACAGUCUGCUCCACCCGCAACAGAGGAUGAGGAGGAGGAGAGCGAAGAUGAAUCUGAGAUUCUGGAGGAAAGCCCCUGUGGACGCUGGCAGAAGCGGAGAGAGGAGGUAAACCAGCGUAAUGUACCAGGUAUUGACAAUGCUUACCUUGCCAUGGACACAGAGGAGGGUGUGGAAGUGGUGUGGAAUGAGGUCAUGUUUUCUGAGCGGAAGAACUUCAAACUACAGGAGGUAGAACAACAAACUUUCCCUGCUUUGUUUAUGGAAAAAGUGAAAGCAGUGUUUGAUAACCUAAUCCAGCUUGAACAUUUAAAUAUAGUAAAGUUUCACAAGUACUGGGCAGAUGUGAAGGAGAACAGAGCCAGGGUUAUUUUUAUAACGGAGUACAUGUCAUCUGGAAGUCUUAAGCAGUUUCUAAAAAAGACUAAGAAAAAUCACAAGACCAUGAAUGAAAAGGCAUGGAAACGUUGGUGCACUCAGAUAUUAUCUGCCUUAAGCUAUCUGCAUUCAUGUGAACCUGCGAUUAUCCACGGGAACUUGACCUGUGACACCAUCUUUAUUCAGCACAAUGGACUCAUCAAAAUCGGAUCAGUGGCUCCAGACACCAUUAAUAACCACGUCAAAACAUGUCGUGAGGAACAGAAGAGUUUGCACUUCUUUGCUCCCGAGUAUGGAGCUGUUGCCAGUGUCACUACAGCUGUGGACAUCUAUUCCUUUGGAAUGUGCGCCUUAGAGAUGGCUGUACUGGAGAUUCAGAGUAAUGGAGAGUCAUCAUACGUGUCACAAGAAGCCAUCAAUAGUGCCAUCCAUUCUCUGGAGGACCCACUGCAGAGAGAGUUUAUUCAGAAGUGUCUUGAGGUGGACCCCAGUAAGAGGCCGACGGCCCGAGAGCUGCUUUUCCAUCAAGCUCUGUUUGAAGUGCCUCAAUUGAAACUAUUGGCUGCACACUGUAUUGUCGGUCACCAGCACAUGAUCCCUGAAAAUGCUUUAGAGGAAAUAACCAAGAAUAUGGACCCUAAUCAAGUGAUCAUGGAAAGAAAAGAGGUCCAGCUGAAGCUCUCCCAGUUUCCUGCCUUGGAGCUCGACAAGUUCCUUGAAGAUGUGAGGAAUGGGAUCUAUCCGCUGACUGCCUUUGGCAUGCCCUGCCCACAGCAGCCUCAGCAAGAGGCUGUCAAAUCCCCCAUCGUACCACCAUCCGUCAAAUCACCCACGCCUGAGCCUGCAGAACUGGAGACAAGGAAGGUCGUACAAAUGCAAUGCAACAUCGAGCCUGUGGACGAGGGAGCAAAGCAUCAUUUGACAUUACUGCUAAAACUGGAGGAUAAGCUGAACCGACACUUGAGUUGUGAUUUGGCACCAAAUGAGAAUGUACAGGAGUUGGCUGUGGAGCUGGUCCAGCUUGGCUUCAUUAGUGAGGGGGAUCAAACGCGCCUCACUACCGUACUGGAGGAGGCCUUCUCGAAAUUCUACAGCCGCAACGGCUCCCUAAACCCUGUCACCGUUUCCUCGUAGCAGAGGGUCGAAUCUGCCAGCUUCUCUCCAGCAUCCAUUAUCUUCAUGCACGGGACGCAGCGCUUCAUCGCUCGGAGGAUUGCGCGCGAGCUCUGGGGAGGGUUCGAAACGCCUCGAACUGAGCCUGAAAAACAAAACAACCCCUGCACACUGUUUUUCACACCACUUUACGUGGCAGAAAGUGUUGGCUGAUGGUUUCCAUGUACAUUCAUUCUGUGUAGCAGUCUGCUUUUGUUUUAAAAGAAGAAAAAAAACACGAUACGGUUAUUAUUUAAGUCAGUAUUACAAGCUGUUUUUCAGGACGUAUUUGCGUAUGUGUGGGAUCGGUUACUUAAAGGAUUUGCUGAUGUGCAAACCUUACGCUGGCACAUGUUUUCAGUUGAUUCUCCCUCUUAGUCAUUAUUUCUCAUGCCUUUCCAUUUUAAUGAGAUAUUUUGAAAUUUCCAAGCGACUUGUCUUUACUGAAGUACCUUGUGAGGUACAAAAUUAGAUAUCUAAGAUCCACUAAGACUGUGAAAGGAAAUGGGUUCUCAGAACACGGGAAGAAAAAAUGAUUAUUUAUCUAAAAGCAUAUGAUCUAUCUUUAAGCGUUUCAAUUUUGACAUUGUGGCGGCUUUUUUCUUUCUCCUGUGAAUGUAGAUUUUUUUUUCAUUUUAAAGGUUUAUAAGAGAAGGGCACUUGAUUUUGACUUUUUUCUUGUUUGUCUCCCAUAUGUGUGUGACACCACAGUUAUGAGUUUCAGUAUAAGGAUACAGUUUUGCAGAGCACCAAAUGUGUUAAAAUGUGCCUUCAACAAAGACACAAUCAAUUCAUGGUCCGGGGGCCUAUAAGACAGACAUAUUGUAUUACUUUUUUCAUUUGUAUAGAUCCUGUAGUUAUUUUUUAUUAUUUAUCUGCUACCAUCUGGUCUGCAUGCUGGUAUACUGUAACUAUUUUACAUUGCAGUAUAUAUAUAAAAAAACUCAUUUUGUGUUGGUGGCAAUAAAAUUAAUGUUCACCUUAAUGGUGCAUUGGCAUCUGUCUGUUACAAGUAGUUAAAUUGAAUGACACAUGAAAUGUGAUACUGUUUCUUUAAUGAUUAAAUUGUGAGGCUGGUUUGGUUAUUUAUGCAAAUUGUCCAAGAUGCUGACUGCUUCAAACAUUAGAUAAUGGAGAUGAUGCUUGGCAUAUUCUCAAAAGCACACCACAUCAAUAAGUUUUUGUUAAUGCAGACCAGCAAAGAUAAAUGAUAACAAUGAUUUUAAAAUGGACAAGCAUUACUUAUUCUGUGUGGCUGUUGAAGUAAACAACAGGGUUUUAUUAAUCCCCCUCUGUAGUAUGUAAGAUGCCAGAACCAUGAGUUUCUUUCAGUUUUGUCUCAUGGAAAAUCAAAACUGCUUUUAAAUCUGUAAACCCUCUAUCUUCAAAGUUGCACCCUUUCUUGGUAUAAAGAUGAGAUACAAAGCA